UAAAAUAUUCCAUAUUUUUCAAAUGUUUACGUUAUAACAUUUUGUAAUUAACUUGAUGUAACAUGAAUCGUUACCGCGAUAACUUCGUAUCGUAUAUGUAUACGCUACACACAUACAUAACCUGAAGAAAUAUCAAUAUACAUAUACGUAUCUAUUUCAAGUACCCAUGUAAGGUUUAAAUAAUAGAUUGUAUAUAUCUACAAAAUGGGGUUAAUAAAAUAAUUAUGACGAAAUACAAAUGUUAUUUAUUAUGCUCGUUGCAUGGAUGGAAAUGAUAAAAGGUCGGAUAAAUAGAUGAAAAUGUAUUAAAGGAACUUUAAAAAAAAAAAAAGAUUACAGUAUGGAGGAUUUAAAGUCUAAAUUUUUUGGUCUUAUUAAUAAGCAGAAUACAACCAAGAUUCCACUUAUGGGUUCACAUCCGGAUCUCAUCGAUCCAUCUGAAUCUCAGAAACUGGAUAACAUACAAUCAGAAGUUGAUCAGUCGACAGGGAAUGAACCUAUUCCUGACCAAGAUAUAUUAGAAUCCAUAGAAAAGAUUUAUUUUAAUACAGACCACAAUUUUGAUGCCUCUAGAUACGAAUUAGAAAAGCUACCAAAAGUAUUGCAGUCCAAAGAAAUUGAAAAAAGUUAUAAGAAAUUGAAACAGCAACAUCAAGUUGUAUCAAAGAAAGUUUUACAACUUAUUUUACAGAAGCAAACUGCUUGUAAGAAAGAAUUUGACAAAAUUUUGUUGAUACAAGAACAAUUGCAAGAUGUAUUAGAAAUAUGUAGAAUGGGAAGGGCAGAUCUUAAAUUAGCUGAAAGACAGUUUACAACAGCUAGUUUAGGAAUAUUAGCAAAUUAUCAAAAAAGACAAAUUGUAGAAGAAUUGUUGAAUAAUUUGAAUACCAUAAAAACAUUGCAACGUACGGGAGAUCGUUUGCAAGAGCUAUUAAAUGAAAAAAAUUAUCCCAGAGCAAUCUCAUUACUUUUAGAAUGUCAAAGUGCUGCGCAAACUUAUAAACAUUUUCACUGCAUUGCUGCUUUAAAUGGAAAACUACAAGACAUUUUAGAACAAGCAGAGGAAGCUUUAGAUGUUACGCUCUCAAAGAUGUGUACACAGUUCAAUGUAACGAUAUACACGUCCAUACAAGAAGCUUAUACACUUUUAGGAAAAACUCAAUCGGCAAUGGAUCAGCUGCAUAUGCACUUCACAGCUGCAAUUCAUAAUACUGCUUUUGCAGUUGUUCAUUCUUACGCAGGUGGUGACACGAAGAGGCAAUACAAGCAGCUUUGUCAGUCGGUGCCUCGUGAAUGUUGCAUCGCUUGUCUAACAGAAUUGUGUAAAUCAUUGUGGACGAUAUUAAGUUCUUACUAUUUGAUAGUAAAUUGGCACAAUACUCAAGAGAAUAAGCUCAAGUUCGACAUUAAAGAUGUGGAAGAAACUUUUAAUCAACAAUAUGUAAAGCAUAAACUAGAAAACAGUAUGAUUCGAGUAUGGCAUGACGUAGAAAUAAAAAUAUCAAUAUUUUUAAUGAAUGUCGAUUUAACUUACAUUAAAUUUGAACAGUUUGUACAAGUUUUAGAUAUAGUUAACAGGUUAAUAGAAAUUGGAGAAGAAUUGUGUGGCUUUAAGUCAGAAAACUUGCAAGAAUCGAUAAGGAAGCAAUCAUUGUCAUAUUUUUCCCACUAUCAUACAUCAAGGCUAGAUGAACUUAGAAUAUUUUUAGAGAACGAUGGAUGGGAGCUGUGUCCUGUUAAACCUAAUUUUGUAGCAACGCAAUUACAGGAAUUCAAAAGUUUAAAACCAUCGCUCAAUAGUUGUAAAGUUUGGAACAAUCUAGACAACUCUAACGUUAACGAGAAUGAUAGUACCAUGGGAAUAGAAUGGAUUCAGAAAUAUUUAGAAGGAGGCACGUCUCCGUUUGCCAUAGGUUUAGAUGAUACGAUGGAUGAAGAUAUUUUGAUAAACAGCGAGGAUAAUUCACCAGCUUAUUUUUCCGAUGAAUCCGACGACGAUAUUCCUGAUGAAUUGAAACGGGAAUACGUUGACGAUUCGGAUCACGUUAAAACGAAUAAAAAAAAAUGUAAAUUGAAGCAAUCAGGACCGAUGGUUACAAACACCACGCUAAGCAUAUUGCGUGUUUGUGGAAAGUAUUUACAGAUGUCUAGACUUUUGCGUUCGAUCGCGGUCACUGUCAUACAAAGUAUGAUACAAUUUUAUGAAUUAUGCUUUUAUACGGUACAUUUAUUCUUCACCUCGGAUCUUCAAAUAAAUAGUGACUCUUUAUACAGUCCAAAAUUGAAAUUGUCAUUGGCAAGAAUUAAAGAGAACUUGAUCAUUUGUGAAACUGAUACCGAAGAUAAUAUUAAGUUAAAUUCGGAUAAAGUGCGACAACCACAGCUUUCUUCUAUUGUAAAUUUACACAAACCAGAAGAACUGCAUGGUCUAAUGGAACGUAUUGUCGCAGUGGAAUCUCUAAUAUUUUUAGGACAACAAUACGAAAGUUUAAAACCCUAUUUGGAACAUUUAAUCGGUGCUAGUCCACAACGUGGUUUCCUUCAUCAAUUUUAUAUGCAAACGAUAGCAUCAACGGUAGAUCUAAGGAAACCAGUGUAUAUGGCGGUCGCAUCGCAAGCCUUUGAUGUGGCAAAUAUCCUAAAUUUAAUGAAUAAAGUUAACUGGGAGGUAACGGAUGUUAUGUCUCAACAUAGUGGAUAUAUUGACACAUUACUUCAGGAUAUAUGUAUUUUAAACGAAAGAUUGAGGAACAUUGGAAGUUGUCUUCCUUUAGCCGAUCAAGUAUAUAAUGCUAUUUGGGAAAAUAUUGCACACUUAAUCACCCAUACUUUAGUCGAAGGAUAUUCUAAUGCUAAAAAAUGUACAAACGGAGGUAGAGCAUUGAUGCAACUUGAUUUUACACAGUUAAAAUCAAAGUUUGAGACGAUAACUGGUUUAAGACCGAUGCCGCAUAGAGAGUACGUGGAAUCGUAUAUUAAAGCUUAUUAUCUUCCAGAAAAUCGUUUAGAGAAAUGGAUAAAAGAGCAUAAGGAAUAUUCUAUUAAGCACUUGAUCGGUUUGAUUUCUUCAGCAUGUCAGAAUAACAAAAAAACUCGGCAACGUUUAAUAGCGCUUAUAGAAGAGCAGCGACCGUCUAGAUAGCAUAGAGCUAUACAUUACAGUACAACUCAAGAUUAUGUUGAAAUAGAAAUUACAUAAAAUAUCAUUUUUUUAAAGUAACUAACAGAAACUUAUUUAGAAAGAUUUUUUUUUUUUUUUUUUUUU